AUGUCCUCGACAGAAGAGCGCUUUGAGCUGCUCGAGCGCCUGAACGACUACGCCGAUGGCCUCGGUGAGGGCGCGACCUCCCACAGCCAGUUCUUCGUCCCCUCUCCUCUACCCGAUUCAGUCCCAUUGACAGCGACUCUCAAGCUGUACAGCCGAUGGCCGAAGAAGGAAGAUCGUCUUGUCGAUGAAUGGCUGCCGCGACUCAACGCCUUUCGCAGUAUCGCCCAGGAGCUCGAGGCCAGGGAGCAAUGUGAUCGAAGCGCCAACACUGAAUGUUCCACCAACUCGCCCAUCGGGGUCUUCUACGUCUGGGCUGUGAGCUGCCUAAAGUAUGACUCACGGGACCCGUUGACUGGCCUUCCAUUCAACCUCUCCGACACCGGCAGCCUGCUGAAACCCACCCUUCUGGCGCACAAAAUCCACAAGGCGCCCUUGGAUCUUGGCCAACUGAAGAAGGUGCCCACCCAGCUCAGCCAUUUCGACGACUCCCGUCGAAACGCCCGUGUCGAAGCCUGGGGCGUCAACAAAUUCCUCAGAUCGUACCGACUGCCCGCUGUCGAGGCAUUCUUGGACGGCCUUCCGUCUGCAGGCCCACGGGCUCCUCAUUGGCGCGACCCUGCCCGAGACGUUCACGUUCUCAGCCGACUCCUAGGAGGAGUACAGGCUGAACGGGCUUACGACAACCGAGCUGAAGCACGUUGUUCGUCCGACACCAUAUGUCGACACACACUUCACCUGUCGCAUAUCGACUUUGCAUCGCUGUUCGACGAGUGUGGGACCAUGACGGAGCGGGACGUGAGGAAGCUUGAAGGAGUUGGGCGCGCAACCGGCGACGUCCGGCGGCUAUGGCGCGACGAGUUGAGGAAGUGGCAGAUGGAGAACGACGAGCAUGUGGUCACCGUCCUCAAGCUCAAUUUCUCGACACGCAAUCUGCGCACCAUCCCGCUCAAGGCGGGCGAAUGUGCGAGGGGCGAGUUCGAGUGGGCGUGGCGCGGCGAGCUGGUCCAGUGGCAGCGCAAGAACGACGACAACACGCGCGACGUCCUGAGACUCAACCUGGCAACUCGGAAUCUGCGAACGCUCCCGUGGGUCCAUCAUCAUCCGAUCGAUCUCGUGUUCGAGUCCAACGAGUACUUCAGGAGGAAGCUCGGCGUGACGCCAGGUCGUCAACUCACUCUGUUCAGCUUCUGCCAAGACCAGAACAGGCCUGAGCGACGUCCUCUCGAGCGGCUGGACCGUAAGCGUCACCGCGAGAUCGCGAUCGAGCCGCCAUUCCCCACUCUCAACGCCGCCAUAGACAGUGCUCUUGCACUCGAACGUCCCCCAGAGGCGGCGCGUCGCGCCCUGGUCGUCCCCCCUCGCCCCGUCCCAGCCCCUAGGGCUACCAGGGUUAUCACCGGCCCCCUCAACCGUCUCGAGCUGCAGCUGCGCGAGAGGGAGCGCAUCGCCGUCCGUGAGGGGCGCCCGCAGCGCCAGAUCCUUCUCGCUAACGUUGUCGAGCCUGCUGCUGCCGAACCGAUUGCUGUCGAGCCUGUCGUCGCCGAGCCGAUUGCUGUCGAGCCGGUCGUCGCCGAACCGAUUGCUGUCGAGCCUGUCGUCGCCGAGCCGAUUGCUGUAGAGCCUGUCGCCGCCGAGCCGAUGUCUGUCGAGCCUGUCGCCGCCGAGCCGAUGUUUGUCGAGCCUGCUGCUGCCGAGCCCUUCGUCGCUGAGCCCAUCGUCGCUGAGCCUGCCCAGCAUGCCGUUGCCGAACGUGUCACCGUCGCGCCUGCUGCCGUCGCGCCUGCUGCCGUCGAGCCAAUUGGCGUCACUGCCGGUCGCGUUCCUGCCGAAGCGGAGCUGCCCGUCGUGAGACCCAACGUGCCUGUUGCCGGCCCCGGACACGUUAACCGCGCUUUCCAGGAGAUGUCGUCAAUUGAACGGCGACUCCGACGCGCAGACCCCGACGCCGAACCGGCGCCCCUCGUCACGCCGGUGUCUGCCUUGGCCGACAGCAGCUACCCGCAACGCCUGGCCUGGCAAUUGCCGGCUGUCCAGGCGCUCGCCGGCAUCAUCAAGGCUUCUGCACCGGCUGAGGAGGACGACGAUGAGGGAGGCGAGAGCUUCAUGGGCGGUCGCCGAGCAGUAAGCUAG